GGCCUGGGAAGGGCCUGGCGGAGGCCGGGAGGGCGCGUCGACGCCGCUGGACUCCUGGGCCGCAGCCUGGGCCGGACUCCGGGGGAAACGGCUCCAGAAAAGAAACUGCAAAACGCCGCUUCGGUUCAGGGUCCAGAGCCCUCCAGGCGGUUUUCCGCUCUUAGCGCUUGUGGGUUUAAGCCUCCCCCUACUCCGUUUCCCGGAGUUUAAACUUUAUAUUUACUCGUUUUUGGCAGUCUUGCUCGUUUGGCAGUGUUUUCCUACAGUCAGUCCUAGAGUGAUUUAACUAUUUCCUUUUUUAUUUACCGUAACCAUGUCCACUUGCUAAGUUACUUCCCAUUUCUCUAAAUUUUAAAUCAAUUUCUAGCCAGUGAUGCUAUUUUCUUGAGCCCUUGUUUUUUUGGGGCCGGGGAGAAUGGGUAACGCUACCUUUAAGCAGCUUUGAUAACUGUUUUUGAUAAAGGAAGUAAAUCUUACAAGAGGAAGAAAAGAGGACUAAUUUUUGGUUGGCUGUUCCUAAAAAAGAGCAUCAGUUCUUCAACUGCUGUUUUUCGUAUUGAACAACAUCCAAGUGCAGAUGUGUGGAAUAUUGUGUCAUUUCCUAUUGCUUUAUCUGCAUGAGCCUUGCCUGAUUGUGCCCUUGACCCUGUUAAGGCACGGCAGAUGGUCUUCAUCCCUUCGCUCCCUUCGUCUUUAUCGUAAAGCGCUGGCAGAAAGGUAGCAGGUACGGUGACUGUGUACCUGCUUCCCACACUGGUUUAGGUGGCUGGACUGAGGGCCCCUCUGGCCUGGGCAGUUCCAGGCUCCUUCUCUGCAGGUGCCUUCCCCAAGAGAGGCAGCAGGGAGGGAGAAAUGGCAAGGAGGUUGCUGCCAGCCCAGGUGCAGGAGUCCGUGACAUUCAGGGAUGUGGCCGUGUUCUUCAGCCAGGACGAGUGGUUGCACCUGGACUCUGCUCAGAGAGCCUUGUACCGGGAGGUGAUGCUGGAGAACUACAGCAUCCUGGUCUCACUGGGGAUUCUGUUUUCCAAGCCAAAGGUCAUCUCCCAGUUAGAGCAAGGAGAAGACCCCUGGAUGGUGGAGAGUGGAGUUCCCCAAGGCGCACAUCUCGGAUGGGAAAGCUUGUUUGAAACCAUAGUUUCUAAAGAAGAAAAUCAGGAAGUCAUGAAAAAACUCAUAAUUGAUGGCGCAUUUGACUUCAAGUUGGAGAAAACCUACGUAAAUGAAGAUAAGUUAGAGAAGCAACAAGGCAAAAAGAACAGACUUUUCAGUAAAGUGUUAGUUACCAUCAAAAAAGUCUACAUGAAGGAGAGGAGCUUUAAAGGUAUUGAAUUUGGGAAAAACCUUGGUCUAAAAUCAUCACUUAUUAGAAAACCCAGAAUAGUUUCCAGAGGAAGGAGACCCCAUUCACAGCAGUAUUCAGUUCUCUUUAAACAGCUGGGGGUCAACACAGUGCGUAAAUGUUAUAAAUGUAAUAUCUGUGGGAAAAUCUUCCUCCACAGUUCCUCCCUGAGUAAACACCAGAGAAUCCACACUGGAGAGAAGCUCUAUAAAUGUAAGGAAUGUAGGAAAGCCUUCAGCCAAAGCUCAUCCCUAACUCAGCACUUGAGGGUUCAUACAGGAGAGAAACCUUAUAUAUGUAGUGAAUGUGGAAAAGCCUUCAGUUUCACCACAUCUCUUAUUGGACACCAGAGAAUGCAUACUGGAGAGAGACCUUAUAAAUGCAAGGAAUGUGGAAAAACAUUUAAAGGUAGUUCAUCUCUUAAUAAUCACCAGCGAAUUCACACAGGAGAGAAGCCCUAUAAGUGUAAUGAAUGUGGGAGGGCCUUCAGUCAGUGCUCAUCUCUCAUUCAGCACCACAGAAUUCAUACUGGGGAGAAACCGUAUGAAUGUACUCAGUGUGGGAAAGCCUUCACUUCAAUAUCGCGGCUAAGUAGGCACCAUCGAAUUCAUACUGGAGAGAAACCCUUUCAUUGUAAUGAGUGUGGAAAAGUAUUCAGCUAUCACUCAGCCCUUAUCAUACAUCAGAGAAUUCACACUGGUGAGAAACCAUAUGCAUGCAAAGAAUGUGGGAAAGCCUUCAGCCAAAGCUCAGCUCUCAUACAACAUCAAAGAAUUCACACUGGAGAAAAACCCUACAAAUGUAAUGAAUGUGGGAAAGCCUUCUCUUGGAUUUCACGGCUUAAUAUACAUCACAGAAUUCACACUGGAGAGAAACCAUAUAAUUGUAAGGAAUGUGGAAAAGCCUUCAGUUCCCACUCAGGCGUUAAUACUCAUAGAAAAAUUCAUACUGGAGAAAAACCUUAUAAAUGUAAUGACUGCGAGAAAGCCUUCAACCAAAGCUCAGCUCUAAUUCAGCACCAGAGAAUUCAUACUGGAGAGAAACCAUAUAACUGUAAAGUGUGUGGGAAAGCCUUCAGACAGAGUUCAUCCCUUAUGACACACAUGAGAAUUCAUACGGGGGAAAAGCCUUAUAAAUGUAAAGAAUGUGGGAAGGCUUUUAGUCAGAGCUCAUCUCUUACUAAUCAUCAAAGGACUCAUAAUUGAGAAAAACUGUAUAAGUGCAUGUAGGAACUGAAGUUAUAUUCCAUACUGAAUAUCAAAAAAUUCAUUGUGGGGAGAAAGUGAUGAAGAGUAGUUAAUCAUGGGUAGAACUUCAGAGUUAGACCUCAUCAAACAUCAGAUACUUCAUGAUGCAGGGUAACCUUGGGAAUGCUAGAAAAGCUUCUGUAAAAUGUUUAUUCGUAUGUUCUUAAGUUAUUACCAUGAAACCGAGAAUUUUUAAGAUUGCAGGGUUAGUAUUUGAUUGUCUAGUGAUGUACGAUAACAGCUACCAGCUUUCGUAUAUGUACGAUAACAGCUACCAGCUUUCAUGAGCAUCACUGGGAAGCCUGCUGUUUAUGUACAAGUACAGCCAUAAAAUCCAGACACAGAUAAAUCUAGGAAUCUAUUUUUUGAAACUAUUAUGCAAGCCAGUGGUACUAGAAAGAAUGUUUUAGAAAAGAAAUAUGUACAGGUGAUCCAUAGCUACCUCACUGUCACUAAAAUGUUUUUUAAUAGUCUUAAAGCAGAUUCUGUACUUCAUGGUUAAGACUUUGAAUUGUUUCUCUGCUUUCUAAGCCAUUCACCUGAGAAGAAAAUCACUCCAUAAACUAUGCAGACAUACUAUCUUUCAGUUUUCUUCCUGACUACUUGUUCCAAACUCUGAGUCAGAUCUAAAGUCACUUUAAGUCACAGAACGCAUGGUAUUUCACUUGUUUUUCUCAUUAAAAGUGAUUACCUUUGCUGUAUUAAAUUGAUAAGUAAAGGUCAUUCAACCAC